GGAAACAGCUUAACACAAAGCCUCUAAGAGAAGGCACUGACAGUGAAGGCUUGUUGCAUGAUUUAAUGCUCUUGAACUUUUGAGACUUGACCUAUCAAUAAGCUCAAACAAUUUCCUUAAUAAUUUAGCUAACACAACAUUUUGCUUGAAUAAAUUAAUCAAUCAAUCAAUGUUAUCAAUUAAAUGUUCUGUCUUGUGCACAGGAGGAUGACACAAAAACCAGAAGGCAAAGAGAGAUGAACUGAGGUUAGAUUGAAGCAGACUCUGAAAAUGAGCCAUUGUGAUCUCUACAACAGUGAAACAACGAUGCAACAAUCAGUCACCAUUAAAACUGCAGCUCUUGGACGCCAUUCCAGCUGGGGAUGCUUUAUGACUGUCGUAAUGACCAACUUGUCCCAGGGGUGACACUCUGGAAUAAAACAGACCUGGAAAAAGAUGUUGGUAUUCACCCUCAGCCUCUUACAGAGUAUUUGUUGGAGACUUCCAACUCUCUGACUGACAAGGCUAAGGCGCUUGAUAUCAACUCCUCACUGAGGGGAAGUUUUGCCUGUGGCCUUGUAAAGGUGGAAGGUUCAGCCAAAUACCUAAACAACAGCAACUCAUCAAAGCAUCAAGUGCGGGUAACUCUGAAUUACUUCAUGACUACCAUGUUCAAGCAGUUGACGAUGAGCCAACUCAGUAGAAACAACAUCACGUACGAGGAAGUGUUUAGGCAGGGAACGGCAACUCAUGUGGUUACAGCGAUUUUGUAUGGCGCUCGAGCUCUCCUGGUGUUUGACAGAGACAUUUCUAAAGAUGAAUCUGUUCAAACCAUUGCAGGGCACCUAAAAGUAUCUGUUAAUAAAAUCCCACAUUUCACUAUUAAAGGCAAAGGGGCAGUGGACUUUUGUGAUAAGGAGAAAGAGGAAUUGGAAAAAAUUCGCUGUACAUUCCAUGGAGACGUUCGUAUUCCUAAUCUUCCAGUUGACUAUUUAACUGCUCUAGAUGUCUACAAGACCUUGCCUGCUUUACUGGGUAAGGAUGGUGAGCACGCAGUGCCCAUUACUGUGUGGCUUUACCCUCUCAGUUUGCUGGAGCCUGUUGCUGCCAAGCUGAUGAAUGAGAUCAGUAUUCAUCUGGUCACCCAGGUAGAACGUGUGCUGGACUCUUUAUUAGAGGCUGACAUGAUGUGCAAUGAUCUUUUAACAGAUUUUACAGUGAAGUGUUUCUACAGCAUAGAGCAGAAAGUCAUUCGAUUCAAAACAUUGCUGGGAGACUACAAGCUGCAUUUUCAAAAAAACCUUGCUGAGAUUAUCCCAUCAAUUCGUGGAGGAACAGCAGCAGAAACGGCAUUGGCUGAUUUCCUUGAGACGCACGGAAUGUCCCCCUUUAGUCAACCAAAGUUACAGGGUUGGCUGAGCUCACUGCAAAAAGAGAUACAGGUGAUUGAAACUCUUGUUAAAGAUAUGAAAAAUGGAAAUGUAUCACUUCUUACAGGAAAAAUGGAUAUAACAGAGAAUUUGCUUUUGGAGUCAAAUGUUAAUUACAUUAUAAGUUUCAAUUUUAACAGGUUGAGCAGUGAAGGCAAAAUUUUAAAUACAAUGGAAAAUUAUGUUAAAUGUAGAAAGCUGAAAAAUGACAGAGACAAAGACAUGGAGAGCAAUGAAGGGAACGGUGAUGAGUGGAUAUAUUCACAGAUGGGCUUUAACAAAAUAAGAGAAAGAAAGACAUUAUUUGUUGAUUUUGUAGUUAACAACCUACAGAACAAAGCCAUCAAGUUUAUGGUUACAGCUCAACCUAUGGAGAAGCGAGAAUGCAUUUCAAUUCUCCUAUAUCGUAAUGGAGAGCUGUGUAAUCCAGACUUUGAGCCUCCUUCAAUUCCAGAUGUCCCUAAAGUAGUCAAAGCUUUCAGUGACUUUGCAGAAAUAAAACUUUCUCUCCCGCUCCAUGGAUCAAAGGAGACAAUGAAGUAUCUGGUGCAGGUCCGGAAAGAAAAUGAGAAAGAGUGGAGUUCACAAGUGACUGAUAAUACUGAAAACUGUUUCAUUCUGAAAGAUCUUCAGAAAUCUACAAGGUAUGAGGUGAGAUACGCAGCUGUUUGUGAGGCAGGUGUGGGACCUCCUAGUGGAGUCAUCUUGUUACACACUGAAGACUCAGGUCUUGUCACCUGUUGCUGUGAAAAAUUACAGGACCUUGACCUGUCAAACACAACUAUCACCCCAGAAUGCAUGAGAACACUGGCGUUAACUGUCCAUGCCUUCAAGUAUGUCAGAAUGACCUGCUGUGGUCUCACCUCUAGAUGUUGUGAGAAUCUCUCCUUGGUUCUCUCUGCUGAACACUCUCAUCUGACAGAACUGUACCUGAAUAACAAUAACCUGGAGGAUUCAGGAGUACAUUUGUUGUGCGAGGGUCUAAGGAACCAAAAGUGUCAAUUACAGAAACUGAGGCUGAUUAACUGUGGUCUCACCUCUGGAAGUUGUGAAACUCUCUCUUCUGUUCUCUCUGGUGAAUACUCACAACUGACUGAGCUAGAUCUGGGAAACAAUAAACUAGAUAAUUCAGGCGUGAAUCUGCUGUGUAAAGGAUGGAAUACCUGCAAAUUACUGAAACUUGGCCUGUGGUCAUGUGGACUCACCUCAGGAUGCUGUGUGGCUCUCUCUUCAGCUCUUUCUGCUGAACACUCACGCCUGACUCAGCUAGAGCUGAAUGACAAUAACCUGCAAGAUUCAGGAGUGCGCCUUCUAUGUGAGGGACUGAGGAACAGAAACUGUAAAUUAGAAAAGCUUGGGCUUAAUUCAUGUGGUCUCACCUCUGGAUGCUGUGGAGCUCUUUCCUCGGUUCUCUCUGAUGAACACUCACGACUCACUGAGUUGUGGCUGGGAGGAAAUAACCUGGAGGAUUCAGGAGUGGAUCAGAUAUGUGAUGGGCUAAGGAGCCCAAACUGUAAAUUAGAAAAACUGGGUCUGUUCAGGUGUAGUCUGACCUCUGGAUGUUGUUCAGCUCUCUCUGCAGCCCUCUCAGCUGAACACUCAUGUUUGACUUACCUGGAGCUGAGAUACAAUAACCUGAAGAAUACAGGAGUGCAACUACUGUGUAAGGGGCUGAGGAAUGUAAACUGUAAAUUGGACAGACUGGGGUUGCUCUCAUGCCAUCUUACCCAUGAGUGUUGUGAGGCUCUCAGCUCAGUUCUCUCUGAUGAACACUCAUGUCUGACUAAGCUGGAGUUGGGACAGAAUAACCUGGGAGAUUCAGGAGUACAUCUCCUGUGUGAACCCCUGAAGAGCACAAACUGCAAAUUAGAAAAACUGAGGGUACACCACACUGGGCUGAGUAAUGAGGGGACGAAGCACCUGAAGUCACUGGAGAAGGAGCUGAACAAAUCUGGAUGGCGGGUGACAAUAUAUCUGUGAAGACCUUGUCAAACUGGUCUCCAGUGAUGACACUUACUGUCACCAAAACUACACAAACUUUUAUUCUGCCUCUGCAAGCCUAUCUGGCAACAUAUGUAAAACCAAACAUAUAAACGACACAAAUUAUAUUGUACUGUAAAAGUUUUA